GGGAGCUCCGAGCCCAGAGCAGGAGAGCUGGUGUCCCCCUGACCCAGCAGGGACAGGGAGCAGUGGCCAGGCAGGACCCGCCAAGGACCAGCCCCGGGGCAUUCUGCGCCGUCGGCGAUGCGAGCGAUGGCAGACCAGGCUGCGGCGGCGGCCGACGCCUCUCCAGCCCUGGCACCGUCCCCGGGCUCACCUCGGCGUGGGGACACCGAUGGACUCACACCCCAUCCUACCGGCACCAGGGAUGACACCGGCGGGCUCCUCCCCACCACGGACGGGGACACAAAGCGUCCCCCCUCGCCCCAGCCCGGGAGGAUGCUCCUGGCCGACCUCCCGCGGGCCCCCCAGCCCCGGCUGAGCCCCGCCAAGUCCCGCACGGCUCCGUCCUCGCCCAGCAUCUCCCCGUCGGAGAGCCGGGCCGCCCUGCUCCGGCUGCGCGAGGCCAGGCUGGAGGACACGCGGAGGCGGCUGUCGGAGGCCGUGCAGGAGCCCCUGAGCCGGCUCAGCCGCCUCAUGGCCGAGGAGAGCAGCCCCCCGUCCCGGGCGAAGGAGCCGGCGGGCAGCCCCGGGACACCGGGGGGCCGCGGGGCCGGGGGACGCCGGGUGCGGGACUGGACCCCCUGGGAGCCCACCCUGAACUGCCGCUACGAGAUCUGCUCCUACGGGGACGUGAUCCAGGUGGUGGAGGUGGCACAGCGGGAUGCGGAGCCCCCGCUCCCGCCCCCCGAGGAGCCGCCGCCGGCACGUUCCGGGGGCGCAGUGCCGGGCAGAGCCCUCGCCUCCAUCGCCCUCCUCGCCUACGGCUACUUGGUCCUGCCCCUGCCGCCCUACGCCGCCGGCCUCUGCGUGGGGCUGCUCUGCGGGCUGCUGCUGGGCUUCCUCGCCAUCCUCCUCCUCAUGCCGAAGGCUCCGCCGGCCACACGGGGACCCUGGGGCCGCCUGCGCCCCAGGCUGCUCCCGGGGGAGCCCCGGGAAACCCUCCACCUCCAGGGCUGGAUGAACCAGCUGCAUGUCUACGACCCCGAGCUUUUCCACCCCUCGCUCACGCACUCGGUGCUCGCCGUGCUGGACGGGGCCACCCUCAAGCUGUCCUACCCCAAGAGCAACAUCCCACGCAGAGCCACCUUCGAGGAGGAAAUCCUCGACACUCCCUUCGUCAGCCACCGCUGCUACGACCUGACUGACGCCAAGGUCUUCCUGUGCCCCCCCAGCCUGGCCCGAAAGCGGACAUGGAACAAGAAAUACCCCAUCUGUGUCCUCCUCCCCGAGGAGGGCAGGAGCAGCGAGGAGCAUGACCCGGAGCUGCAGGGGGAUGAGGGGACAAAGAAGGUGCCACUGUCCGGGCAGGACAUCCCAGGGGACGGCAGGGAGAGGUGCCUGUACCUGUUUGGGAGGACGGGGCGGGAGAAGGAGGAGUGGUACCAGCACCUCGUGCAAGCCUCCCGUGGGACACCCAGCAGCCACGGUGACACCAGGGCAGGCGUGGGACCAGCUCUGCAGAGCAGCGGCAGCAGCAGCGGAGGGAGCACCGAGGACAUUUCCUCUGCUGUCCCACCCAAGGAUCUGUUGGGAAGUGUGGAAGAGAUUUACCUGGAUUACAACACCUACAUGGCCCGAUUUGUGCCAGCACAGGGAGCACCCAGCCCGGACCAGAGCCCCUCUCACAGAGCUCUGGGCAGCCCCACACCCACCAAGGUGAGUGGGACAAACCUGGCACUGGGGGCGGCUGAUGGACCCUGCGUGGAGCCACUGCCAGGCUGUGCUUCAUCCCCUCCCUCCCGGCACCGCGGUCGGAGCAGCCAAGCCCUGGGGCAGGGGAACACCCGGGCAGCAGGUCCCACUGCUCAGGGGGCCACCUCCCUCCAGGGGCCCGUGGCUCCUGCCCCCCCACAGCUCGGCGAGGACACGGGCGGGCACGGCGAGGCUGGCAUGGCCUGGAUGAACGCGCUGGUGGGGCGCAUCUUCUGGGACUUCCUCCGGGAGCAGUACUGGGCAGAGCAAGUGUCCAACAAGAUCCAGAAGAAGUUGAGCAAGAUCAAGCUCCCGUAUUUCAUGAAUGAGCUGACGCUGACGGAGCUGGACAUGGGCACAUCCAUCCCCUUGGUCCUCAGUGCCUCCAACCCCACCGUAAAUGAGCGAGGGCUCUGGGUGGACAUGGAGGUCACCUACAGCGGCUCGUUGCAGAUGACGCUGGAGACAAAGAUGAACCUCAGCAAGCUGGGGAAGGAGAGCACUGCAGAGGAGAGUGGCCCGGCAGAGGCAGGCACGGAGGGGGCCAGGCCCCGGCUGAUCCUGCUGGCAGACAGCGACGCCGAGUCCUCCAGCGCCGGCUCCUCCGAGGAGGAAGAUGUUGCUGCUGCAGAGCCCAUGGGAGCCCCGGGGGAGCGGGUCCCCCCGCCAGGCACUGAGGGCCACGUCAGCGGCAACAGCACGAGCCGGAAGAUCCUGCGCUUCGUGGAUAAGAUCGCCAAGUCCAAGUACUUCCAGAAGGCCACAGAAAACGAGUUCAUCAAGAAGAAGAUCGAAGAGGUUUCCAACACGCCGCUGCUGCUGACGGUGGAGGUGCAGGAGCUGGCAGGAACCUUGGCUGUGAACAUCCCCCCGCCACCGACGGACCGAGUCUGGUACAGCUUCCGAGUGCCACCCCAGCUGGAGCUGAAGGUGUGUCCCAAGCUGGGCGAGCGGGAGGUGACGUUCCUGCACGUCACCGAGUGGAUCGAGAAGAAGCUGCAACACGAGUUUCAGAAGGUUUUGGUGAUGCCAAACAUGGAUGAUCUCAUCAUUCCCAUCAUGCGCUCCGGCCUGGAUCCUUGGCCGCCCGCUGCGGGACUGCCCCGGGACCUGCCAGCCAAGGGGGACAAGAGGCUCUGAAGCACAUUCCCAGGGGCAGGGACACUGCAUGGAGCUCAGGGACCUCGCUGGGACACGGAGACAGCCCUGGCUGGGCCUGGAUUCAUCCUCAUCCUCUGCUUGUGCAGAUGAGCCUCCUCCUCAAAUCCUGCAAGCACAUGUUCAGGGCAGAACCAGGCACAGCACAAGGAGCUUCUGCAGAGCCAGGAACUUCAUGCCUGAGGUUCCCAGGACUCCUGGUCAAGGAGGCAGCUCUGGACCAGUGGAAGGCUGGGCUUCCCACUGUCUGGUUCCCAAAGAAGGUGCAGGCCGCCCAGACCGGUUCUGCACCAAAGGAGUUGGGAUCAUCUCUGACUCAAACAUCACAGCUCCAAACAUCCCACCCUCCCCACAGGCAGCUGGACUGCAAGGGAAGCACGGGUGGGAAGUGAGUCCAAACAAUAAAUCCAUCGCUGCCCA